AAAAAAAAUCAAAGAAUUGUGGAGAUGUUUAUAGCCACUUGGCAAAAGGCCACGUAUGCCAUUCCCAAACCACAUUCAUUGCUUUUCUUCCUUCUAAAAAAUCAUCUUCUUCAACCUCCUAUUUCCUCAUCAAUCCCUCUUUCUCAAUCUUCUAAUCUAUCUUCAAGUAACUCUCUCUGCUUCCUAAUCUCUCGUUCCAGCAUGGGAUGCAGAUAGCUGGGCGUCGGAGAGUACAACGCUCAAAGCUAAAGUUGGAUUCUCAAGCUAUAAUUCUUCCAUUGUUGAGAUCGUGUUGACCCGCUGCUUUAACUUCGAAGUCUCCUCAUACUUUACCGCUCCUCCCUUCGUCUGGAUCAGUAGGUGUAUUCUGUGGAUCUCUCUUUUACUCUGUGUGUCCUGUUCGCUUGUUCUGCUGUAUUGGGAUAUCAAUUGGUUUCAAAUUUCGUCUCCUGAAACGUGUGCAGGUUACUGGAAAAUUGGCAAUAUGGCGACUUCUUCAGUGUGUAUAGCAGGAAAUGCCUCGCUGACCCACAGAACAACACGUUCAGGCUUCUAUAAAGAAAUUUAUGGAAGGCAGAUUUUAUUUGCUUCAGGCUUACCAUCAUUUAGUAAACCAUCAAAGAAGUUCAUUGUGAAUGCAUCACUGGGAAGGAAUUUUAAUGAUGGAAGAAGAGGGUUUUUGAAAUUAUUGCUAGGAAAUGCUGGUCUUAUUGCUGCACCUGCAGUCAUAGGCGGUGGGAAAGCUUAUGCAGACGAACAAGGGGCCUCCAAUUCCAGGAUGUCUUAUUCCCGAUUUCUCGAGUAUUUAGACAAGGAUAGAGUUAAAAAGGUCGAUUUGUUUGAAAAUGGAACAAUUGCCAUCGUUGAGGCAAUAUCUCCUGAACUGGGAAAUCGGGUUCAGAGAGUUCGUGUUCAACUUCCAGGGCUUAACCAGGAACUCCUUCAAAAAUUCAGGGAAAAGAAUAUUGAUUUUGCAGCCCACAAUGCUCAAGAGGAUUCUGGUUCUUUACUAUUUAACUUGAUUGGGAAUUUAGCAUUCCCACUUCUCUUGAUUGGGGGUCUCUUCCUAUUAUCAAGAAGGUCUUCCGGAGGAAUGGGAGGUCCUGGUGGUCCAGGUUUCCCUCUUAACUUUGGUCAAUCUAAAGCCAAGUUCCAAAUGGAACCAAACACGGGCGUGACAUUUAAUGAUGUGGCUGGUGUGGAUGAGGCAAAGCAAGACUUCAUGGAGGUGGUGGAGUUCUUGAAGAAGCCUGAGAGGUUCACUGCAGUUGGGGCCCGCAUCCCCAAGGGCGUUCUUCUUGUGGGACCCCCUGGCACAGGGAAGACCUUACUAGCAAAAGCCAUAGCCGGGGAAGCAGGUGUUCCUUUCUUUUCCAUCUCUGGUUCAGAGUUUGUUGAGAUGUUUGUUGGUGUUGGUGCGUCUCGUGUCCGUGACCUUUUCAAGAAGGCCAAGGAGAAUGCUCCUUGCAUUGUGUUUGUUGAUGAAAUUGAUGCGGUUGGACGGCAGAGAGGGACGGGCAUUGGUGGAGGGAAUGAUGAGAGGGAGCAAACCCUUAACCAACUCCUCACUGAAAUGGAUGGCUUUGAAGGAAAUACUGGAAUAAUAGUUAUUGCAGCAACUAAUCGGGCUGAUAUUCUUGACUCUGCCUUGUUGAGGCCGGGGAGGUUUGAUAGACAGGUAAAAUACUCUGCAUUAUUUGGUUUCAUUUUGUUGAAUUGAGUCUAACUCACUUCAAAAUGAUCCUCAUUGAGUUGAGGACUUCUGACAUGCAUGCUAGACUCAAAACCUAUAAACAAACGUUGUGGGAUAAUUGACAGUAUGACACACCUUAGUUACACACUUUGGGCUGGUCGGUUAAAGGGAUAGAGAAAUGGGCCUGGAAGAUCCCAAAAGGGAUGUAUCAAACCAUUGAGUGGCGAUGCCCUACAAAUCACCACUGGAUCGAGCUCUGGUAGUCCAGCAUAGAACCCAAAAAACAGCAGAGUUCAACCAGAUCGACAUCCUGAGCAAAUUGAACUGACCAAACCACAUCUUACCAUUAACAUUUCAGUUUGCUGUUUAAGGAUUGAUCUUUAAAAACCACUCAUACCGAACCGUUUAAAAUAGACCAAAAAUGACUAAAUUAGGACUUACAUAAGUGAUUAGGUUUGAUUUUGCGUUGCAAAAUUGAACCCCAAACCAAAACCAAACCUACAUGCAACUUUAUCUGAUGCCGUGUUAGAUUAUUGGGUCUAAUUCACUUCAAAAGAACUAGUUAACUUAACACUUAAAGACUAGAUUUUAAACCCAGUAGACAACUGAUAUGGGAUACUCCACUUUUUGUAUUAUUGUCAUCCAUCAUCCAUGAAAAGCUAAAUUCAAAGUUGUGUUGCAGGUGACUGUUGAUGUUCCAGAUAUUAGGGGAAGGAAAGAGAUAUUAAAGGUCCACGCCAGCAAUAAGAAGUUCGAUUCCAAUGUGUCUCUUGAAGUAAUAGCAAUGAGGACACCUGGUUUCAGUGGAGCUGAUCUCGCAAACCUCUUGAAUGAGGCAGCCAUAUUGGCUGGUAGGCGCGGGAAAACAGCAAUCACAUCUAAAGAGAUUGAUGAUUCAAUUGAUAGGAUUGUGGCAGGCAUGGAAGGAACAACUAUGACAGAUGGCAAGAGCAAAAGUCUGGUGGCAUACCAUGAAGUUGGCCAUGCAAUUUGUGGUACUCUCACACCUGGACAUGAUCCUGUUCAAAAAGUCACACUAAUUCCACGUGGUCAAGCAAGGGGUCUAACCUGGUUUAUUCCAUCAGAUGAUCCCACCUUGAUCUCCAAGCAACAACUCUUUGCUAGAAUUGUUGGAGGACUCGGUGGACGAGCUGCAGAAGAAGUUAUCUUUGGAGCACCGGAGGUGACCACUGGUGCAGCUAGUGAUUUACAACAGAUCACUGGUUUGGCCAAGCAGAUGGUUGUUACUUUUGGAAUGUCUGAAAUUGGUCCUUGGUCACUCAUGGAGUCAGGGGGGCAAAGUGCUGAUGUCUUCAUGAGAAUGAUGGCCCGUAACUCCAUGUCAGAAAAGCUUGCUGAAGACAUAGAUGCUGCAAUUAAGAGGAUCUCAGAUACGGCUUAUGAGAUUGCAUUGAGUCACAUCCGGAGCAACCGAGAAGCCAUUGAUAAGAUAGUGGAGGUCCUCAUUGAGAAGGAGACAAUGAGCGGAGAUGAGUUCCGUGCAAUUCUUGCAGAGUUUGUUGAAAUUCCCACCCAAAACCGUGUUCCUCCUGCACUACCCACCCCAGUCACUGUAUGAUAAUCUUCUCAUAUGUAUACGUAUUUCUGUUUUUAAUGACUUGGUGGCAUGUAUAAAUGUCGUUACCUUUUGUCUAUUUUUGUGUAAAAAUAACUGCUUUGUUCCAUGUAGCUAAAACGGAUUGGAAAUAGAAUGUCAGAUUGCAAUAUUGCAUGCUAACUUAAACAAAUAAACUUGCUUUGUGCUUGUUUAUUCCCAUCCCCAAUUCCCCGCCAGUGGGAUAUGCAGGAUUUUGUCUUUUGGAGGGUGAUAAUAUAAAACGAAUACGUAGUA